AAUGUUUCUAUAGAAUUUCAUUAGGGUGCAGCGCAUAGGAAAUACUUGAGGUCCUAUCCCUGACAGCAGCGUGUUUCCUUUCAGGGCGGGUGUGACGCCCACUCCGCCUCUUCACUUGCAACAACUUCACUUUCUGUCCACAGCACUGCAGCCAUCUUGCACUUAAGUCUCGACCGUACAUGAAUUUCGAAAAAGGACACUUCUUCUUUUUGUAAAGCACACUAACAAUUCACUGAAAGUCGCCGUUGGCUAGUCUCAAAAGGGUCAGUUAAUGCAGCCGCAAAAACGAGUCGCUUGGGACGCACUGUUUACCGAAAACAUUUGGAGACCGCGGCUGCGUUUACUGCUGAGAACCGACCCUUCAGAAUGACAGUAGAUGCCAUUAGGACCGCCUUUUAGGCCGCGGAGCAGCCAAUCACAGCUCAACUCAAGAGGACAGGCUGCCCUGCGCAUGCGCAUGUCACUUGGUAAGUCCAGUGCAGACGAGCCUUCACUUCUCGCCAGCUCGCGAAGAGUAAAGAUGGCGGCUGUCCCUGGUCUGCUGGAUGAGCUUAAAUUACACAGAGAGGAAGGAAUACGCCGGCAGGGAGAUGAGUAGAUGCGCCAAAGUGUAGUCCCAUCACUUUCUUCAUUGUUUCUGCUCCUAACAAGUUGGAAGCGUAUGGGGUGUCUGCAUAACGACGUCCCCAUGGUUAGUCGGCGGACUUUGCCACGGGACACGAGGCUGGCAGAACUCUCAUUGUCAGUGUUGGUGUAACUAAUCGUCCUCACUCGUCAGGAGGAAGCGGGCUCGUAGUCUGUGCACACGUUCAAUGACCAAUUAUGAACUGUCACAAUUCAGGAAGUGCCGUACCUCCAGCGGGAACGACAGUGGCGAGUUGUAACACCUACCCCGUGACUUGUGUCAGUAACUCUGCACCCGUGUUGUCCAAGGGUUUGCCCAAUUUAACGACCUCGUCAAGCACCGUCAUCCAGACGCCGAUCCCCAAUUCGCUCGGAGUAAUCGCCUCAACUCCGACUGUGUCCCCGGCAUCAGGAGCCACCGUCACCCUCGUCAGGCCUCCUUUGCAAACCGUGGAGUUGGGUCCAACUUUAAACGGGAACAAUGAUGGGGUACGGGCAGUGCCUCCCCCGAUCAAGGCAGAGUCCCCCGCCACCAACAUCCAGGCUCUAUCGCAGCUCCCUGUCAGUUGUGACGCUGCUGCUCCUCCUCGUCUCGCUGGUCCAGGUGGUGUGCAAACACUAACGCAACAGAUUGUAUCACCCAGGCUCCCUUUGACAUCCCCGGGGCAGCCCAGUAUACAUAACAUCCAGCUUCCACCAGGGAUGGUGCUUGUACGCUGUGAGACUGGACAAUUGUUGAUGAUUCCUCAGCAGGCGCUGGCCCAGAUGCAGGCACAGGCGCAAGGAGGCAUGGCACCCAGAACUGCUACACCAAACAUACCUCCAGGCCAGGCUCCUGGAAACAGCAUAAUUAAUAGACAUACAACUCCCAGCACCAUUAUCAGACAGGGCUGUCCAACUCCAACAUCGUUGCCUUCCACCACCACUCUUCGUAGACCUCCUGUCCUUCAGGGUUCAGUGGCGCCGGCCAUGCCAAGAAUGAGCCAGAGAAGUCAAACAGUUGGGAACACGGUUCCGUCAAUUACAAUGAGUAAAGACACAAUGGAGAAUGUGAACAAAUGUAGGAACUUCUUGUCUACACUGAUCAAGCUGACUUGCACAGGCAAGCGAUUAACCGAGGCUGCCAGUGUGAAACAGCUGGUUAAAGACCUACUGGAGAAUAAACUAGAAGCUGAGGAAUUCACCAGCAGACUAUAUAAAGAGCUUAACUCAUCGCCCCAACCGUACCUAGUGCCUUUCCUUGAGAAAAAUCUUCCCGCCUUGAGGCAACUUACACCAGACUCUGCAGCCUUCAUCCAGCAGAGUCAGCUUGCCCAGCCAUCAUCUGGAUCAGUCUUGUCCACCUCACAAAGCGCCACCACAGUUGUCCUCAGCAGGACUGCUCCUCGUCUCACCACUCAAAUUAACAGACCCCAGCUUCAGCCAAAUGUUAGCAAGCCUGGACUGACACCAUCACUUGUCCUCCAGCCUCAGCAGCAGAGAGCAAUGCUGAGACCUCAGGUCCCCAUAGCCGUGUCCCCUGUGGUGAAUCUCAGGAAUCAAGCCCCUGGUCGCAUCGUGCUGGGGCAGCCACCGGUCCAGUUUAAAGAGCUGAAACCAUUUCCCGUCAAGCCGGAGGCGCCAGCUGUUUCCAGGCAAAGUGCGGCUGCAGUCUCGAGUCUAGCCCAAAAUAAUAGGCUAAAAGAAGCAGGUGGUACUUUCAAAGAUGACGACGACAUCAAUGAUGUAGCCUCCAUGGCUGGAGUAAACCUAUCUGAGGAAAGUGCCAACAUCCUCGCAACCAAUUCAGGACUUGUAGGAGCAGUGACACAUUCCUGUAAAGAUGAGGCUUUUCUUUCCUGCGCCAUGUUACAGAGGAGAAUUCUGGAGAUUGGCUGCAGGCAUGGAGUGACAGAUUUUGGUCCAGAGGUACUAAAUUGUGUCUCUCAUGCUACUCAACAUCGGCUCCGCGAUUUGCUGGAAAAGGUUUCCCUCGUGGCACAGCAGAAAAAUGGCAAUUUCAAGGAGGAGGACAACCAUGAAGUGUGCAGUGAUGUUCGUUCUCAGCUUAAGUUCUUUGAGCAACUGGAUCAGUUAGAGAAACAGCGGAAGGAGGAACAGGAAAGAGAGAUUCUCUUAAAGGCGGCUAAGUCUCGAGCCCGUCAAGAAGACCCAGAACAGCUACGUCUGAAACAGAAAGCGAAAGAGAUGCAGCAGCAAGAACUGGCACAGAUGAGACAGAGGGAGGCUAAUCUGACUGCUCUUGCUGCCAUUGGCCCGAGAAAGAAGAGGAAGAUUCCAGACUCUCCAUCUUCCACUGCUGUAACAGAGGGAUCAGGCCCCAAUCUUUCAGGGGGUGCUGGAUCAUCAGGCUCCAGGCCCACACGGCAGCGGAUCACACGUGUCAAUCUCAGGGACUUGCUCUUAUGUUUGGAGAACGAGCGAUUUACCAGUAGCUCCAGUUUCCUCUACAAAGGCUUUCUUAAAUAGGCGGAGACGAGGAGAGUCUAGUGUGUGGAGAGAGUCCUCCCAGCACACUGAGGGCAAACAAGGUUCCAAAUGCAGAGUAGUUGAAAUUGUGGUUUUUUUUCACAGAAAGAAAGAGGACCUAAAACGUCAAAGUUUAUACUGUAACUAUACAUUGAAUCACCUUUCUACCUCCCCCCCCACAAAGGCUUAGUUAUUUCCUAAGUAGCGAUGGACUCUCACAAUCUUCCCUCUAAAAAUCUGAGAAUUGAAUUUUGACGGGUCAAUGAUAAAUGAAUUUAUGCAAGUAAGCGCUCACUAGUUUAAUUUUCUUGUUCCUUGUUGGUAUUUGCAUUACACUUUGAAGCACUGAAAAUAACCAUUUUUGUUCAAAAAGAUGCCACAAUCAUAUUAAAUCAUUAUUUUUGGUGAUAUAUUUUUUUAAAAUGUACAUCCACACAGUUUGACCUACUGAAUUGCCUUUCUAACUAUAAGCCAUAUAGCAACUUCUGCUGUAACCCACAAAGCAGUACAGUAAAUAUCUAGCUCCUCAUUACUAAGACUGGAUUUUAUUUGAUGUAUAUUUAUUUACCAAAUUUGUUCUUGAAUCAGUUCAGUUAUUUAUUUAAUUUUAUUUUAUGCAUUGUCAUAUGCCUUGUGUGUGUGUGUGUGUGUGUGGUGUGUGUGUGUGUGUGUGUGUAUAUAUAUAUAUAUAUAUAUAUAUAUGUGUAUGUGUGUAUAUAUAUAUAUAUAUAUAUGUAUAUAUAUAUAUAUAUAUAUAUGUGUAUAUAUAUGUGUAUAUGUAUGUGUGUGUGUGUUCAUUAAUUUUUUCAUAACUUUUAUGGUGUUGUAGAUUUCAACGUGUGAAGUGCUUCUAAUCUAAAAACCUUUGUCUUGAUUUAAAUAUCUCCCAAGUCACAUCCCAAUUUUUAGCUGCCAAUAUUUCACUGUUUUUCUUUCUAAUAGAUAUUGGCAUUAUGUCUCUUAACUGAAUAUAUUUUGUGCUUUCAGCCCUUUUAUCUUUUAGUAUCUUAUUGGGGGGAAAUGUGUAUAUUUGUAAGUGUUCCAUCUUAACUUUUACAUAUUUUUAAUAGCUGUGAAAAUUCACCCAUAUUAAAACAAAUGUUUUAUCAAAUGAACAUUUUGAAUAAAUUAACAUUUUUGCAAGUAACCUUA